UCUCUCGCGCGCGCUGGCCCCAUCCGUGUGCCCGAGAGACGUACAAUGGCUGCCAUGAGUCGACGUGCUGCGCGCCUUAAGUAUCAACCGUCCUCAAUUUUCCCGUCUUAAUUUGCCGGCUAGGAAACGCCCACGAAAAAAAAAUAGCAUGCACGAUGCCGCGCCGUGGCGGUGCCAUUCGACGCGAGUCCGCGCGACGGCGAGUGCCGAUGAAUGACGCUCCGCGUCAUCCCGACGAUCCAUCGUCGUGUACACCGUCGAUUCCGCUCCGCGAAAACACAGUGACUGACAGCACGCGGCCGAUCGGGUGUAUUACGUCGUCGCGGCGUAAUUGCUGAAACUUUUGCGAAGACUUCAACGCGAGGCGAACACGGUUCUUGCAUUGUGUACCUGCACCUUGAUCUUCAGUGCGCGUCGUGAGAUAUAUUACACGUCGGAUCAGCGCACGGUGUUGUUAUGUGUUCUGUGUAUACGCUCGCUGGUUUGAGGAAGGGAGAAAUCUAGAAAAUGUAUGCCGCAGUCGUGGCAUGUAUUUCGCGGCCGAUGCUUCGAAAUCAACUGUUUUGAUGCAUUAAGAAGAUACGAUGGCAACGAAGGUAGAGGAGGCUCCCGCGCCUCCAACGGGGUCUCCUUGGUACGGCAAGGUUUUCGAGUGUUUGAGGAAUCGGAAUCGAGUGAGCCCCGGCAGGAUCGAGCUGCCCGACUGCGACUUCUUCAUCGUGGCGCCACGUCGCACGCUGCGCGUUCUCAGGCCGUCCCUGAAGAGCGGCUGGUACUACGAGAGCACGACGGUCGACCGACCGGAGUCGGUCAACGACAAUUUCUUCGCUCGCUGGACCAGAAGGCCGCAUCCGUCCGGAAAUUGCAGGUGCUCCUUCCGCCAGUCCGCCGGCGCGCUAAGCACCAACGAGGAGCGGAUCAUAUCAGCGGAGCUGAAUCGCAUCCGAACGAGUCUCUGCGAGGGCGAGAAAAACGCGCGCGACCUCGAGGAGCUGGAGAAGAGGGUCUCGGUGAAUCUGCAGAAGUUGCGGGACAGUUCGGCGGCUGAUUGUACGGACGGGACGACGGCGUCUUCGAUAACGGCGGAUCAACAGCCGCUCGAGCAAAGCGCGAAGCAGCAAAUCGUCAAAGAUUUGGAAAGGUACAUCAAUACGCUUCUGGAAGAAGUGCUUGAUGACACCGUUAAGCAUAUAACUGAUGUCGAAAAGAAUGAUAAUCAGCACCCCGAGGCAUCCUGGCAACGAACGAGGAGUGAUUCGAAGAAAUCGCAGCUCGAUAAAGCCGAAAAGGAGAUUUCGUUAAAAAGAGAUGAGCAAUGGAGUGUAGAAAACGAUUGUAAACAACAAUUCAGCAGAGUUUCGAUGGGCGAGGGUUACGUGAAUCCCGCUUUCGUCGGUUCGACCGACGAACUGACUUCCCUAGAGUUCAAUCGUUCUGCGGGCAAACACGCCAACAUGUAUCUUGCGAAUACGGAAAACGUCGCGCUGGAGCAAAUGGACUGCGUGGAUUCCGGAAUAAAUAGCGUGGAGACCAUCGAGUUUCAGCCUCCAGAUCAAGAACCCAGCUUCGAGCAAUCCCUUUUACGAAUCAUCGACGAGAAAUUGGGAAGAGGCUCUUCGGCAAAUAAUUCGGAGGAGGACAGUCCCGAGAAAAAUUCGCAGAAAGUAAUUUCGGGCGAGGAAGAACGUAAAACCGCCCCCCAGAAGAUUGCGCGAGCUUCGUCCGAACACGAGACAUCGUCGACCGAUCUCGAGUCCUGGAAAGUCGAGCGACUGGAGGAUGCCGUCAACACCGAAGCUGAUUUCAAGAAACUACGCUUGGAAUUCCAGAACAACGGCACGGAUUUCUCUUUGAAUAGCGGAACGAGGAUCAAUGCGAAAUUAACGGAAACUCCUAUCGAGCUCAAAGAUUAUAAGAAAAAAUGGGCAGAGUUGGAGGAAGUCACUUCGCAGGAAAAUACGCGGCAAAGUUUUCGCGAUCCAGUGACGCUUCGAAGAAACAAAAAACCGAUCAUAGUUUUUCUACACGGCUUCGGUUCUUCGGCGGAGAUCUUUGAGCAUCAAUUGCAGUACUUUUCUUCCCUCGGCUAUCCUUGCAUCGCUCCUGACAUGCUCGGGCACGGUAUGAGCUCGGCGCCCAGUCGAUCUAGAGAUUAUCAUUUCGGCAAAUUGCUCAAGGAUCUGGACGCACUUUUACAGCAUUACGCUUUUAAACCCGGAGAGAAAUGCGUACUGGUGGCGCAUAAUUACGGGUGCAGCUUCGCCACAGCGCUUGCUUGCAAAUAUGACAGCAAUAUCCAUCAGCUCGUGCUAAUAUCGGGCGGCGGCCCGACCCCUCUGGCCCCGCCGAGCGCUGAAUGCGCGGGACAUUGCUGUCUCAGGGCGAUUCUCGCGCCUCUUCUAAUGUGCGGUCUUCACCGAGAUAUUCUUUAUUCCGCGCGAGGUCGUCAGCAUCCUUACUGCGGUCAAGAAUCGAUGGAACAGUGGCCUUCGCACAUGAAAUACGUAUUGGAUGGUAUGACCUGGCCGCAAGGCGACUACACUUUUCACAGGAAAAUAUGCACACCGACGCUUUUAGUACACGGGCUUAGAGAUAACAAAGUGUCGCUGGUGCAGGAGUGUCAAAUGGAAAGAACAAUGAUGAAAGCUUUUCUGGAAGCUAUUCCAAUGGCUGGUCAUAAUCCAAUGACCGAGUGUCCUCAACAGUUGAACCACAUGAUACAUUGUUUUAUAGAUUUGUGGAAAAACAAAAAGUGGCAGCAAUAAAAUUGCUGCGUGUAAU